GUGUGUAUGUGUCUCGUGUGUGAAUGUGUGUGAAAGGCGCAGUUGAACCUCGUUAGCGGAAGCCGAAUCGCAGCUAUCUCGAAAAGGACAACACAGUGCACCGUACCCAUAAAACGAACAUCAUUCGAAACAGCCUCCAACCCGCCAACAGCAAUAUCUCCACCGUCGCCGCGCGAAACAGCAUUCGAGAUGGCAGAAAAUAAAGGAAUUUUGCUGGCAAAAUCCGUCCAGAAGCACGCUGGCCGAGCGAAGGAAAAGCUCCUACAAAACCUUGGCAAAGUUGACCGAACGGCAGAUGAAAUUUUCGACGAGCAUUUGACAAACUUCAACCGACAGCACACCUGUGCCACCCGGCUGCAGAAAGAAUUCACCAACUACAUUAGAUGCGUUCGUGCCGUACAAAGUGCCUCGAAAACCCUCAUGGAUGCCAUAGCCGAAGUAUACGAAAGCCAGUGGACCGGCUCGGAGGCGCUGUAUGGUCAGACCAAAGUGAUCGACACACAGUACCAGCAGUUCUCGUACAAGCUGGCCGAUCAGGUGCUCAAGCAGCUGGACACCUACGCGUUACAGUUUCCCGAAAUGAAGAAAAAAAUUGACAAACGUGGCCGCAAGCUGGUCGACUACGAUAGCCAGCGGCACUCGUUCCAGAGCCUGCAAGCAAAUGCCGCCAAGCGCAAGGAUGAUGUGAAGGUGACCAGAGGCCGCGAACAGCUCGACGAAGCGAAGAGCACAUACGAGAUGCUGAAUUCCGAGCUGCACGACGAACUGCCGGCCCUGUACGACUCGAGAAUACUGUUCCUGGUGACGAACUUGCAGACGCUGUUCGCCUGCGAGCAACAGUUCCACAGUGAAACAUCGAAGGUGUACGCCGACCUCGAGGCGAUCGUGGACAAGCUGGCCACCGAGUCGCAGCGCGGUUCCUACACGCUGAAGAAAAUCAAUGCUAACUCGAAUCCGUCUAGCCCACAGCAAUCCCCAGUGAAGGCCAAUUUGUCGAUUGUGAACAAUGUCACUAACGGUUCGGCCAAUGCUAAUGGACACACCUCCCAAAAUGUGCAAGCAACCCCGAGAACGCCACCGCAGCAGCAACGUGUCGCACCGGAGGAAGAGCAAGAGCCCUCGUAUCAGAACACGGAAAUGGUAAAGGCUGCCGCUGCUGCUGCCGCCGUCGCUUCGACAGGGGUCACGACGAACGGGAACGCCAGCGUUAACGGGAAGCGAGCGCCGUCCGAGGAUGGAUCUAGUCCGGUUGUGAAUGGCGCAAACGGUGUUGCGGAAAACGGACCACCCGGUUUAACAUCCACACCGUCAACGACGGGAACGACCACUACGGCGACGGCGGCGACGGCGGCAACGGCAGCGGCAGUGCCGGAACUCACAAACGGUACGGUUCACCCUCCCCAUCAGCAGCCACGCACUAAUCAACCAUCAUCGCAACCGGACGCGAGUCGCUUCAGCAACAGCAACGGUAGUGAAAAGCGCCAGCCCCGGGGAAUACCGGAAACUGGCGCGUCCGAGACGGCAACCGCUGCCGCUGCUGCUGCUGCUGCCGGUGAAGAUGCACCUCUUACUAUCGCUGAUGCCGCUAAUGCUGCCGCUGCUGCGGAUCCUUCCACCACCACGCCGCCUACAGCGGGCGCAGCUGUUUCGCAAACAAGUGCAACGACAACAGACCUACCGGCAGGUGUCCUGUACCGCGUGAAGGCUACAUACAAGUACGUCCGGGAGGACGUGGACGAACUGAGCUUCGAGGUGGGCGACAUUAUCAACGUGGUUGAGUACGAGGAUCCCGAAGAUCAGGAGGAAGGCUGGCUGAUGGGAUUGAAGGAAGGCUCAACCGAGAGGGGUAUGUUUCCGGCCAACUUCACCCGACCACUGUAAGCGAUCACCACCACCGGGUCGAGCUUAACCGAACGCGUGAUCCAAACCACCGGAAGCGAGCAAAUGCAUACCGCAUACAACAGCUAGCCACAGACUUCCGGCCACACAACUCUCACGGAGAAGAGCACACAUACACACACACACACACAUACACAAACACACGCUGAAACGCCUACAUACAUACACACACAGACGAGAUACGGGAGGGCCAAAAAUUGCAUCAACUAUUUGGUCGCAUCCGGGCCAGCCAUCCUCUCUCCAGGCAUUUUAUUAGCAGAAUCGAAACACAGUCCGAAUAGUAUAGAUAAACGUGUAAACAUUGGUCCCGUUGGUUUUGCUUCAAACACGAAUGUAAGCCCACUUCCCCAACCUUAAGUAACCAACCUGCCAAGCGUUGGUCGUUCGUAAUUGUUGGCCCGUGUAAAAGUAGGAGGAAAACAAGAAACCCCUGGGAAAGUAGGAGGAAAACAAGAAACCCCCCUACAAGAAACGGUAAAUGUUUGGUUGAGAGGUCUGUUUUGUUUUAAAAUAUUUUCAUGUUUUAGUAGUAUGUAUUACGUCUCGUAUUUUUACCGGUCAGAGCAGUAUGUGCACCAACCAAGAGCAGUAGUAGUGUCUCGAUACAUAAAGAUCGAACGAUCAUCUGAAGGAAACGGCGAGCGAAUAACAAUGUAAACAUCUAGCGACACCUGGAUUGUUGUCUUCCCGGCCCGGAGGAGGGUGUCAUACUACAUUAAUAUUUAACAUUACACUAAAAGGCGCCCCGCACUGGGUUUUAACGCAAGCCUUUAACACCGUACGCGCAAGUCAUCAUCUAAUUAUCAUGGAACGUGUAGGCAAAUCGAUCGAUUGCAUGCCGAAAUGCAAACUAAUGAAUAACGUGUGCCUUUUCAUUGCAAAAACUAGGAAUGGAAGAUACAAAAUAAUGAUUCGCGAAUCGAAAACUGGGCAACUAACGAGCGGUUAUUUUGUGUAGUAGUACUCUGUUAUCA